CAAAGCCCGCAGUCCGGCCGCACCUCCCCCUAUUCUUCUACCCCUCCCCUCUCGAAGGCAAGACAAGGCAAUCGCACCGCCGACGCCGAGAUGGCCUCCCCGGACGCGGAGCUACCGGCGCCGACGGAGCCCGAGAGGUGGCGGGACCUCGACAUGCUCCUCUCCCGCCCCGGCAAUCUCGUUGAGGCCACCUUCGACCCCAGCCCCACCCUGCGGGACCUGCUUGGGAGAUUCGUGGAGGUGCUGGUGGUGGGCUCGGGAGGGCUGGGGUGCGAGCUCCUCAAGGACCUCGCCCUAUCCGGGUUCAAGAAGCUGCACGUCAUCGACAUGGACACCAUCGACGUCUCCAACCUCAACCGCCAGUUCUUGUUCAGACUUCAAGAUGUCGGGAAGUCCAAGGCUGAAGUAGCGGCAAAGAGGGUUAUGGAGCGGGUUAGUGGAGUGAACAUUGUGCCCCAUUUUUGCAGGAUUGAAGACAAAGAGAUAGAGUUCUACAGUCAGUUCCACAUAAUUGUGCUUGGUCUUGAUUCCAUUGAAGCUCGAAGCUAUAUCAAUUCUGUGGCUUGUGGUUUCUUAGAGUAUGACUCAAAUGACAAUCCAAUUCCGGAGACAGUUAAACCUAUGGUAGAUGGUGGAACGGAAGGCUUCAAAGGUCAUGCUAGAGUCAUAAUACCGGGGACAACACCUUGCUUUGAGUGCAACAUAUGGCUUUUUCCUCCCCAGGUUAAAUUUCCCUUAUGUACCCUCGCUGAGACUCCAAGAACUGCAGCUCAUUGCAUUGAGUAUGCUCAUUUGAUCAAAUGGGAUGAGGUUCAUCCUGGAAAACCAUUUGAUGCUGAUGAUGCAGAACAUAUGCAGUGGAUUUAUUCAGAGGCUUUAAAGAGAGCAGAGCUUUUUGGUAUUUCUGGUGUUACAUAUUCAUUGACUCAGGGUGUUGUCAAGAAUAUAAUCCCAGCCAUUGCUUCAACGAAUGCAAUUAUAUCUGCUGCUUGUGCAUUGGAAGCCUUCAAGCUUAUUUCUGGGUGCAGCAAAAGUGUGUCAAACUAUCUCACGUACAAUGGUGUUGAAGGAACUCAUAUUAAAGUAACCGAGUUUGUCAGAGACAAAGAUUGCCUUGUAUGUGGGCCUGGUACCCUUAUCGAGCUGGAUACAUCAUCUACUCUUUCAGAGUUCAUCAAAAUGCUUGAAGAGCACCCCAAAUUGCGGAUGUCAAAAGCUAGUGUGACGCACGAAGGCAACAACCUGUACAUGCAGUCACCGGAGGUUCUCGAGCAGAUGACCCGGUCAAACCUGAGCAUUCCCAUGUUUGAGCUCCUUAAAGGAGUCCCAUAUGCGACUGUUCAUGCUACGGGUAUGGCAGAGAACAACGGGAAGAAAGUGUCGUCACUGAGGAAGCUGCGUCUUGCCUUUAAGGGUGCUGAAGAAGCUUCGAAAAUGGAUACGACUGAGACCUCGUGAUGCCAUCAUCGUCAUCAUCAUCUUCUUGUUGCUAGCUAAGUAUCCCAAGAAUGAUGAGUAUUAACCCAAUGUUUUUGACAGUCGGUGUAAUUUUCAAGCAGGCGGAGCUGAAAUCGAAAUGUGCGCUUGAUAAUUCUCCAAGAAGAAAAUAUGCGCUUGGUAAAAUUUUAUCGGUUAACUGAAA